GUCUGGACCAAGAUUGCCGAGGCCAGGGCGCGAGGCUCCGACUUGCCACUGGAUCCCCGCAAGAUCUACUUGCUGGCACAUCCGGACAAAUGCCCCUUGCCCGAAGCGGCAGAUGCCACGGCCAUCCUAAACGCGCAGCGGCCUCCCGAGAUGACCGAGGCACGGCCGCGGCCCGCGGCGAAGGCCCCUGCCAAGUCGGCACCUGCGCCGGCACCGGCGCCAGAACCGGCUCCGGCCGCCGCGCCCGAGGUGGAGGAGGAUGCUCCCGUUGAGGAGGGAGAGGAGAAGCGCAUCGAUCCUGACGAUUCUCAGGAGCUGACCUUUGAAGAGCUUCAGGAGAAGUACAAGAGCCUGUGGAUGGCAGAGGACAUCCAG